GGUACUUGCUUACAAAUUAUUAUAUUUAAUAGCAUUAAAAAUAUAUUAUACGUAGUAGAAAGUAAUUAUCAUUGUUUUAUAAUUUAAGGAACUCAACGGCGAUCAUUAAACAGUUGAUAAUUCGUUUACAAAAUUAAAAACUCGGCAAGUCCAUAAUAGUAUAAACAAAUUCAGACGUAACUGUAUGGGUUCAAUUUCUUUGCCUGAACUUACUUAACGAGGCAAAAUAUGUCAAUGUCAAAAAAAUAUUUGCCCAAUGUCAAUGUCAGUGUUCCGCGACGAACCGAAACAGCACCGAAAACAAUAAUUCCAGUGAUCCCCACUACCGUCAACCAGCUUUCACCAUGGCCACAGCGAUGUUCGCCAGAGUCACAUUUUAUCCAAGUCUGUUUUACAAUGUGGUGAUGGAAAGGAUCACGAGCAGAAGAUGGUACGACAGAAUGGAUGACACAGUCAUACUCGGGGCUCUCCCAUUUCAAGGAAUGACUAAACAGCUAAAAGAAGAGGAAAACCUGAAAGGUGUUGUAUCUAUGAAUGAAACAUAUGAACUGAAACUAUUCUCAAAUGAUGCAGAAAAAUGGAAGGAACACGGUGUUGAAUUCCUGCAGCUAGCAACCACAGACAUAUUUGAAACUCCUGACCAGGAAAAGUUAUAUGAAGGUGUCAAAUUUAUUAAUAGGUUCCUGCCAGUGGGUGCGAAACUGCACGGUGUACCCUCUGAUAGUAGACAGAUCAACAGUGGUACUGUGUACGUGCACUGUAAGGCGGGACGCACGCGAAGCGCCACACUCGUCGGCUGUUACCUAAUGAUGAAAAACGGCUGGUCUCCCGAGGAGGCUGUGGAGUACAUGAAGGCGAGACGACGACACAUACUUCUACACACGAAGCAGUGGGAGGCGCUAGCCAUAUUCCACGAUAGACACGUGCGGACGUAGCCUCAUUUGCGUUCAUUACUAGUGGACUUAAAACUAAGCGCUAAUGAAAAUUUAGAACACAGGUCAAUUA